CGACUGGAGAGUGCCCACGUCACUGUUCCGCGGUAGUUUCAGUACAACGCCACGACACCAAUUUUAGCGGGAGGACCUUGAGGACGCGUCCUUUGUAGCUGCUCACUCUCGUGCCAUUGCGCCACCUUCACUCCAAGCAGCAGCAGCAACAACAACACACAAAGAUGGCGGCGGAAGCAGAGGCUGCGCUGAACGCGCUCAAGAAGCUGGAGGCCAACAAGACGUGUGUCAACUGUGGCAACUACAACCGCUUCGGGCACCAGAAUAUCUGCGAAAAAGUGCGCACCUUCGUGUGCUCCAACUGCAAGAGCGCGCACCAGAGCUACAGUAUGCGCGUAAAGAGCGUCAGUAUGAGCAACUGGACGAUGGACGAGGUGGACGCGUUGCGAGAGCAGAACGGCGGCGGCAACGCCGUGGCGGCGCGAGUAUGGCUCGGCCGCUGGGACGAGAGCCAGAUGCGCAAACCCACCAAGGACGAUCCGCUCGACUACUACAAGCAGUUUAUCAACCGCAUCUACAAUGACAAAGCUUUCUAUGACGAGGAUGGCUUCAGUGGCGCGGUGACUAGCAGCUCCACCGCCAAAAGCAACAGCUCCCCAAGGGCAAAGGCAGCGCCGGUCUCCAACCUGUUGGACUUUGACGCCCCGGCUCAGAACAAAGCACCGAGCGGAGGCUUUGACGCCUUUGCAGCGAGUAGCAGCAGCUCUGGUAAUGACGGAUGGGGUAACUUCGCAGCGGCACCGGCCCCCGUGAGCUCGAACGAUGGAUUCGGUGCAUUUGCGUCUGCUCCGGCACCGACAAAGCCCGCUAACGACGGUUUUGGUGACUUUAGUGCUGCUCCAGCUCCUGUGUCGAGUAACAAUGACGGAUUUGGGGCGUUUGCGUUAGCUUCACCUGCACCAAUGUCGAACUCGAGCUCGUUCGACCCAUUUGCAUCUUCGGGGGGAAACGUGCUGACGCCGAACGCGCCGUCAACCCCAUUUGAUCCGUUUGCAACUGCACCAACGAACCAGAGUCAGAACCCGUCGGCAAGUAUCAUGAACCAGUUCAAUGCAGCGCCGGCACCCAAGGACUUCAGCGUGUUCGAUAGCCUGUCGGCACCGUCGCUAGCGUACGGUACUUCUCAGCGGAACAAUAACAGCAACGGCUACGGUCAGGCUCGUGGUCCUGCUGGGAUGGGAAUGGGAAUGCAAGGCCAGGGCCAGCAGAUGAACAUGGGCAUGCAGCAACAAUAUGGAGGCUUCCAACAGCAGCAGCACUUCCAACAACAGCAGCCGAUGAUGGGCGGCCACACUGGCAUGAACAUCAGCACCUACUUCUCUCCGAACGGAGUCGCAGCAGGCGGUAGUUCAGCCGCACGCUCCAACGGUAGAGACCCGUUCGCCGGCCUCGGACUGCCGCAGAAGUGAGCCCUAAACGAAGUAGUAGAACGCCUAAGCUUAAUGCAAAUAGCUAACACGACACACGUACGAUUGAAGUACGUGUAGCUGCACCACUCCAUCCACAAAGUGUCGAUCAACUAUGCGAGUCAGUUCACGUAUCAACGCUAGUAAUACGGGCAUUAAAACAAAGGUCACUUGAGAUUAUAGCGCA